UUAAAACCAGUGUGUAACAUUAUUUAUACCAUUUCAUGUAUUUUAUUAAAUUGAAACAAUAAAAAUAAGUGGAAGUGGUGUGUUUUCAUUGAAAAAUUGAAAUGCCUAUUUCGACAUCAUCGACCGCUAGAUGUCACUGAUGCCUUCCUCUUCGUCACCUUUAUUGACAGGCGCGUUUUUGCGUCUCUGUCUCUUGUGCGAUGUCCUAAAGUAAAAAUGUUAAUUUUAUGUACAAAUUGCCAUCGUUAAUCUUCGCUCGAUAUCGUUUUCUUUCGUGAAUUAAAUAUAUUACUUAAUUAAAGUAGAACAAGUGUAUAUAAAGGUUGCGUGCGGGAGUCGAAAUCAGGAUCAAGGUGUUGAAUACAAUGGAUGAAUCGUUAUAUUUUAUACUGCUGUAGAACAAGGUAAUAUCUAUAUUCGUACAAGACAAAAGGCACGCAGUGACUUCGUCCUUCGCACAUUAGAGCCAUCAUUUCCUAAGUGUUGCAGAGGUGAUUAUCGAAUCUCUAAUGCAAACAGUGCAUGUAAGUAUUGUGCGGUGCGCGGCAGACGCUAUCGUAGAAUAUACAUACCUCACGUUAUAUUCAAGCGACGCCUGUACUAAUUCGUUCUUCCUUGGUGGUGGUUACUCUUGCUUGCUCCUGUAACAUAUUUCUCAUAUUGAUAAAAUGAAUUCUUACUAAUGAAUCCCAGUGUUCACAAUGGCUAAUGUUAAAAAUAAAAUAAAGGGGUCUAAUAAGGCCUCGUCUAAAAGUUCUGAUAAAAAUCGUCAAUCACCAACAGGUAUAAAUGAUGGGAAAAAUUCUCACAUAGUUAUGAAAAGACCCUCUAAUGAAGAGAACUUGGGAGAAAAAGACAAAUUGCGAUUAUUUCUUAAGAAUGGUCACCUUCUUAAAGAUAAAUUCAAGAAAAAAUCUAAACCUGAGUUAAAGCCGCACUUGGAUGUAGUCAAAAGUGGCUUAAUGUCCAAAAGUGGACGGAUAAAAGUCAAAAAGAGAGUGCAUUUAAAGUUUCUGGAUAACAUUUUAAAAACUGAAUUAAAGAUUCAGGACAAUCAACCAAAGAAACUGGAUGCAAAAGAGAAGACAGUGAAAACACCAGGAUCUUCAGCAUUAAACAACAAUGAAAGUGGUUUGAGUGAUCAAAAUAAAAGUAAAUCUGAUAAAGGACGUAAAGGUGGUGCGAAAAAAAGAAAUAAGAAAAAAUCAUCUGAGCCUGAAAGCCAAAGAUCAGUUAAAAAAAAAGAAAGAGCACAGGAAUUAUCAUGGAUGGCAAAACAAUGUCUUACUUACAGUACAACUGCAAAGCGGAGAGUUUUCCAAUGUGAUUACUGUAAGAAAUUCUUCAUCAAUAAAACCUCUAUGCGCAGACAUAUCUAUGUACAUCUUAAAGUGGUACCAUACACAUGUAAGUAUUGCUAUAAACGAUUUUAUAUAAAAGAAAAUAUGGUCACUCAUAUGAAGCUGCAGCACUCAAGAGGAAUGAAAGUUGCCAAUCAUUAUAUUUGUGCUAUUUGUGAGGAACCAUUUCUGUUGAAAGAGAAAUUGGAUCAGCACAUGUUGAUCCAUGUAAAGAAUGAAGAGUUUAUCAAGUGUAUAUUUUGCAACAAGCAAUUUACACAUCAUGUACUACUGCAUGAGCAUGAAAAAGAACACCUCAUUACUGGCAAGUACAAGUGUACCGUUUGUGACAUGAGCUAUGACAGCAGAAGUAAUCUAGCCCUUCACAUUAAAGGCCAUUUAAAAAUAAAAGAUUAUGUGUGCCAGCACUGCGGGAAAGAGUUCCUACGACUAACAUCAUUGAGAAGACAUGUUCAGAUCUGCCAUGCGGGGUUAUUAAUACAGUGCCCAAUCUGUAAGAAGAAACUUAAAGGACAUUUAACUGAGCAUUUACGUACACAUGAGAAGAAACGUCCCCAUAAGUGUCCAGAUUGUGGUCAACGCUUUACGCAGUCUACACAGUUGAAUGUACAUCGCAGAUGUCAUACAGGAGAUAGACCGUAUCCUUGCAGGAUUUGUGAUCGUUCAUUCACACAUUCGAAUGCUUUGUUGCUUCAUAUUAGACGUCAUACGGGUGAAAAACCUUUCAAAUGUGCUAUGUGCCCCCUCUUUUUCUCUCAAUUACCACAUAUGAAGGCGCACAUGAGGAAUAUUCAUGGUAAAGACCUGCCAUACAAGUGUGAGAAAUGUUCACAAUUCUUUAAGUUGAAAGCCCAUUUAGCAAACCAUGCUAAGACAUGCAUGAUGGAUGGCGCAGAGGAGGCACCUGUGCAAGAGGAUGACUCAACGCAGAAAUAUGAAAUUGAAGUUGAAUCUAUUAUGACUUUAUCAAGAAUGAGGUUCUUGCUGGCUCUUCUCUUCACCAUGAUUGCGAGUAAAGAAAAACUUAAAUAUUUAGGAUUUAACAAGCGCCUAAUUGAUGAUCUUCUGAUAGAAUCAUUGGAGGCAAUGGGACAUACACCAUGUCGAAAUGAAUCUUUGUCUCCACUAAAACGUCUACGUAACAAUAUAGACAUAUUACUAAAAGGUACUGUCCCGAGAGAGAAGAUGGAAAAGUUUGAAAAGGAAAAUAAAACAACUGAACAACUGCUGGAAUUAUUAACCAAUGAAAAGAAAAUAAACUAGAAAAGGUUAAGGUUUUUGUUUCAGUUUUAAAAUAGAAUUAUUUUAUUUAGCACUAUUUAUAUUUUACACAAACUUUUAUUGUAUUUUAUGUUAUAACAUCACAGAAAUGUUAGAUGUUAGAUAAAUUAUUUUUUUUAAUAAUUUCACUAAGUAUUGGUAACCCAAAGAUCAUAUUUUUAUAAAAAAAUAACCCAAGACUAUACUAAUUACAAACAUGUGUAACUUGCCAUUGAAAACUAAAGUGAUUAGUCCAAAGGUUUUAUUAUAAUUGUUAUUUAUUUUAAAACAUAUUUUUUAAUUAAUUCAAUUUAUUUUAUAACGUUAUUUUUUCUUAGGGUGUGAUUGAUAUAGUAAUAAGGUUUAGUAUUAAUUUCUCCGUCAAAGAGGAGAAAUGCGCGAUUACUUUUAAUGUUCAAUUGUUUAAUUUUUUUAAAUAUUGGAGGAGGUAUUUUUAAUUUCUUCAUUGUUUAAAACAUUGUUGUUUAUCAAAUUAUGUUUUGUGCCAUUAUAUAAAUGUGUUUUAACAAUAUUGCAUACCUAUUUAAUAUAUAAGCAUAAUUAUAUUCUUAGGCUUUCUUCUACAUAAAUGCUGGAUGUUUUCAACCUUACAGAUAAAAUUUUCUUAAACAGUCAUUUGUAUGCUUUUAAUAUAACUUAAAUAUUAAAUGUGUUCUAAAACAAGGAUUACAUUUACUGUCAGUGUCCAUUGCCAAACACUUGUAGAAAAAAAAUAGAAGAAUAAAGACAUGUUUUGAAGCGCAUGUUUUUGGGAACCCAUAAUUGUCUUUUAAUUUUUAGGUGCCAUUUAUAUUGUUUUCUGUGUAAUUGAUGUCUAUUAAUAAUAGUAGAUAAUAAGUAAUUUCUAAGGUUAAUAUAAUAUUUUAAAUAUCAUACGGUGUAAUCAUAAUCAUUAUGUAACUUAAUGGUACAUAGAAAAACUAAAAAGAUGAUGCAAAAUUAUUAAAAUUCAUUUUAAAUUUCGAAUUAUGAAUGUUCAAUGUGUGGUAAACUUUUUGAAUUUGUAAUGAGUGCCAGUUUUAGUAUCUUAUAUGUAUUGCUAAAACACCUUUUAAAAGAUAUUUUAUCUGUUAAAAUAUUGUCGCAAUCGAAAUGCAUGCUUAAUUAGCUAAAACUUGCUAAAAUUAAUGUGUUAUGGAUAACAGUAUUAACAACUGUUAAAUUAUGAUAAACUUGAUUUGUAACAGAUAGCAUACUAGUUUGGUUAGAUUUGAGGAACUAUUAUUUAAAAACCGGCACAAUUUCUAUGUACCUAAAAUAUAAUCAUUUUAUUAAGCAACUAAAUAUUAACAAUAUUUCAAAAUAUCCAUCAUUACUAGAAUAAAUUACCAAAGAUAAUUAUUAAUAAACGUCAUAAAACGCAAGUAUGUUUAUUUAUUUGUCUCGAAACAUCCCUUUAAAAUUUGUUAAUUAAAAAAAAGUUUUUUUGUAGCACUGCCACUUUUCUUUUUUGAGUCGAAAGAAAUCUUCAUAGUUUCCUUCAGAGCCUUCAUCAUAACAAAAUUUGUAAUAUAGCUCUUUUAAAUGAAUCUUUAUCCUGUCCGUGAAGUGUUCCGACAUAUUCUU